CGAGUUUCCGUUUGCAACUAUUUCUUUCAUCUGGUUUCCGCUCUUUCUCGCUGAUUUCUGUGUACAUUGAAUUUUGAUACUUUCAGGAACCGAACCACAGUCAUUCGUUUGAUAGAAGAGAAGCGUUUCUAGACAAGGAGAGCAUUUACAACAGAAACGGAAGCGUUGCAAUCAGCUCAAAUACGACAACAUGUACCGAGUCAUCUUCACCGCUGCCUCUGUGGCCACUCUCGCUUUCGCAAAGACCGACAUUGCUGGCUGUACCUCUAGCGAUGUCUCCUCUCCAGCCGGCGCGUCGAUGAUCUACUACGUCCCAGGCACUGGAGAGAUCUGCGAAUUCCUCGACUGCGGCGGCGGUCGUGCUCCACCAAAGACCACAGUCCCAGGCUGCCCUCAAUACUCCGGCACCGAAACCUACUCUCCAUCUUUCCUCCCAGGAUACGGCGCCAUGGAGACAGGUUCAAGCGCGUCAAGCGCUGCCGCCGAAUCGACUUCCACCGCCUCUGAAGCCGAAGCUACCACAGAAGAGACUGGCAGCGCUUAUGCACAGAUUACCAAUGUUGCUACUAGCUCCCUCGCUACAGACUACACGAGAACUUCUUCGUCGGACGAGACGACUCUCAUCACCAGCCCUGCUGCGUACACUUCAGCAGUGGUCGGAGGAGGAAGUGCAGGCAACGGCACCACUACUGUCGGAGGAGGUCGCAACAAUGGCACAGUCACCAGCGGUACCCCAAGCCUGCCAGAGUCAACCGGAGCAGCAAUGGAGGCAGCCAAUGUUUGGGUCGGAGGAGUCGUGAUGAUGGGUCUCGGAGCCGUUGUCGCUGCUCUGUAAGCGCCAGGAACAUAUCGCGACGCAUACGAAUCUCUUUGGCAUAGUGGAGCGCAGGAGAUGUUAAGGUAUGCAUGUACUCACAUCGCUCCUGGCAGCAUCAGCAUACACGCAAGGUCGAACACAGCACUGGCGAACAUUAGCAUCCAUCUUAAUUUUGCAUAGCGAGGAUACCACGAAAUUUGAAAUGAUGAUCAUCGUCAUGCUUACGAGGCUCUUUCAUUCUUCAACCA